AUGUCUAUCGGGCAAAGUACCGCAACCAAUUUUGAAGUCAUUGAGGGAGAAAAGGAGAACAUAUUACCGUUACGGUUAGGCAGAUCAGCGUCAGCAUUAUCUAAAACAAUCAUCGACAAGGCUACGCCUCCCGGAGACUAUUCAUCAAAAGUGAGCAAUAUAUCUGCGAAGAGGCUGGAAUUUGAGGAACGGCUCUUACAAGAGUUGGAAGAUCUGGAUGAUCCGCUUGAGCUCUUUCUAGAGUACCUCACUUGGAUCAAUAAUGCAUAUCCACAAGGCGGCCAGACUAAACAGAGUGGGAUGCUGGAACUACUUGAGAGAUGUUUGAUGUACUUUCGGGAUUUCAAGAGUUACAAGAACGAUCCGCGCUAUGUUCGAAUAUGGAUGUGGUACUUGGAGCUAUUCACGGGGUCUAACCAAGAAAAGGAAAGCUUGUAUGUGUACAUGACGAGAAAGCAGAUAGGUGAGGGGCUGACAAUGUUCUACGAGAGUCUUGCAGAUUGGCUUAAACAGCAGCAAGAGCACUCACAGGCAAGGGAUGUUCUGUUACGGGGAAUAGAAAAUAACGCGAGACCUCUAGGUAGACUGCGACGAAAGUUAAACCUGUUUGAUGAGUUCUUAUCUAACUCGAAUAUUGAAAUUCUCGCCGUGAAAAGUGGAGAAAGUAUUCUUGAACAAGAUAUCUACGAGGGCGUGAUUUUGGGACAGGAACUCUCUCGAAUCCAUAAUAAUACUGAAGCUCCGCUUCUUUUCCCUUCCUCCUCGCUUAAACAUCCGAUCUUCAGGGAUGGCAGUGAGGCAGAUGAAGAUCAUGGUCUUCGAAAGUUCGGGUGGGACGUCCUGGACUCGAAGUUGCAUCGAGAUAAAGAAAAUGAGGUUAGGAAGCACCCAAUUGAAGCAGGUAUAAACGCCGGAGCCCUACUACAAAAUGAGCCAAUUGGGAAGUCUGCCGAUAGAGUGCCCAUUUUCAAAGACUCUAUCGGCAGGACUGGGCCUAUCUACAAAAUAUUGGAAAUGCCCGGGCGCAAACCGGAAAAAGUAGACUGUAAUUUUGAGCUGAUUUAUCCCGAAAAUGGUGAAGAGUUUUCGAUUGAAGAGUUACUCGCGAUCUCGCGUAACGUUUACCAUAGAAAACUCCACCGUAAGAGACACGAAGGACUGGGGUUAGAGGGUGAACUUAGUUUGUCAAAAAAACCAAAAAUUGCCUUGCAAGAAAUAGCUCUACCAGCGCUACCAAGUCCGGCCCAUCCAAGAAGCAACAGUUCGAAUGUGUCGCAAAACGAUGAUGAUGUACAAGAUUAUCAGAAAGUUGAAAAGACAUCAGUAUUACCAUUAAAGGAUGAAGCAACAGGCCAGCAUACUGCAGCCAGAAGAAGCGGGCCCAGUUCUCCAACAGUAACAUUUUUUUCUAAAGACGCGAUGGAAGAAGUCUAUUCCAUGUUCAACCAGAAUUACUCAGCACCUCAACAAACGAUAGAGAAUGACGAUACCACCAGUAGGUUUGCGAUGUUUGAGAACUUUACUCAAGAUUUUACACGCAAAACUUGCGACGACUUAACUGAAGUACGAACUACAAAUUCCCAAGAUCAAGUCCACAAAACUCCGCACAAGGAGCUGGAGUCCGACUUAAACUCGAAACCCCAAAAAGGCUCUACAACUCCUUCCUACAAAAGCAAGCUCCAGGAAUACAUGACGCCCAUCCAAGAAAGAACGGAGGCGAGUUUCAAUGUGAGAGUGGAUUCGCUUCAGACGGACGGAAAUACCAAUGAAGAUAAAAAAGGUGGCCAAGCGCUUUCCUAUACAGCGGAAAGCUCCCCCUUCCUCACCCAGCCUCAAAGUCUGGACGAGCAACCUUUGAUUAUCUCCAAACCUCUAAGUGACGAGAGUCGGAUGGCGCAGUUGAAGACAUUGAAUCCCCCGCUUUCUGCUUAUCCAACGUUUUACCAGUAUAAUCAAUGUCUUAAAAUGAGCUCUUUGCUAAGAAGGAUUCACACGGUUUCAAAGAAUGCGAACAAGAACCCUAUCGUUGAUUUUAAAAAAACAAACGAUUUGUAUUGUAUACGGUCACAGUUAGGGGAAGGUGGAUAUGCUACCGUAUAUCUCGCAGAAUCCAGCACUGGAGCACUGAAAGCACUCAAAGUAGAGAAGCCAGCAAGUAUUUGGGAGUUUUAUAUUUUGAAGCAGAUUCAAAAACGGCUGGGGGGCCAGCCGGUUUUAAAUUCAAUCAUCAAUGUUGAUUCUAUGCAUUGCUUCCAAGAUGAAAGCUAUCUGGUUCUAAACUAUGCAAGUCAGGGAACAAUAUUGGAUUUGAUUAAUCUGGAGAGGGAGCGGAGUGGCGGGACUUUGGACGAAAUUUUGUGCAUGUAUUUUGCCGUCGAACUCAUGAAAGUUUUGGAAUGCAUCCAUGAUGUCGGUAUCAUACAUGGAGAUCUCAAACCAGACAAUUGUAUGAUACGAUUUGAAGAUGAUUUGCAACCUCUCUCUGAUUAUGAUGCCAAUGGAGAGAACGGGUGGUAUCGCAAGGGUCUGUAUUUGAUAGAUUUCGGAAGGUCUUUUGACCUGACGUUAGUACCCAGUGGGACUAAGUUCAAGGCAAAUUGGAGUACUGACCAACAAGACUGUCCCGAAAUGCGAGAGGGUCGCCCUUGGACAUAUGAAGCUGACUAUUAUGGUCUUGCAGGAAUAAUUCAUGCCAUUUUAUUUGGCAAGUUUAUCGAAACGCGGGCGUUGCCGAAUAGACAAUAUGCAUUGGCCAACAAUUUUAAAAGGUACUGGAGGCAUGAUAUUUGGGAGCCUUUAUUCAAGAUGCUGCUCAACAGUGGCGAAAACGAAGUCCUGCCUAUCACAUCCAACAUGAGAGAACAUCGAAUGAAAUUGGAGGAAAUUUUAAUGGAACAAGGCCACAAACUUAAUGUAAAAAUAUCAAGCCUUCAGACAGACCUAUAUAAGUUUAAAGGUUAG